AUUGUUGUCGAGUGGUCAAUUGCUGAGGUGCAUAGUUAGAAUAAAAAUAAAAAAUAAUAAAAUUAGCAGACCUAUACAAUGGGUGCAUGUCAACUGAAAUGAUUGCAAUGAAUAAUAAAUAUGAAAAUAUGCAGAUAUCUAGAAUUGUUGGACAAUUGUGAAAGCAACAAUCACUCCUCCGUGCGCGUAUUACGUCCAAGUUUAAAAAUAAUGACCAUUAGGUUCUAGUGCGCUUUUCACUGCACAAGAUAACUAACCACAUAGUCGCUUGCAAAGAAUAUUUAGUGAAAUAAAAUUACAUAUAUUACAUACAUACAUUUGUUUGUACUUUGGCCUUUUGAAGCAUACAAAAGCUCUUGACUAUUGACAAUGUAGAAUGAAUGUACAUAUGUAUGUAAAUAACAAAAAUAAAAUCUAUGAAAAGAUAAACCGUGAUAAAACACAAAUCAGUCUCGAGGUAAUUGUUCGUAGGCAAACAUCGCCAGCCAUUUAGUGCACAAAGCAGUUCGCUUGCUUUCUUUAGGCGUGCGGCAGUUUUUGUGCGUUCUAUCAACAAUAUUUGCGUAACCGUUGAGUUGGUUAAAUAAAAUAAAUAGUGAAAAUAACUUUAAUUAAAAAAAAAAAACAUUUUUUAUAUUCAGAUAUACUCCUAUGAAAAACGUAAGCUUACCGCUCCGAGAGAGUUUCCACAAACAGACCAAACGCAACAUGUUCUACCCAAUGUACUGCUACCUAUCGAAUAUUCCACGCUGGCAUGCACUGGCUUUUGCGUUGGGUGCAUACGUUGUCUACUACUUUAUACAGGUGGUUAAGCGUCCAAUACUUGCCUGUGCCGAUGGCCCAUUCAAAGAGUUCCUACAGCGUAACGUGCCAACGUUAGAAAUGAAAUUUUGGCCCACAUUCUGGUGUGUGGAGAGUCGAGCGCAAACUGUUUUUGCGAGUAUACUAAGAUCGCAAAUUAUUCCCAAUAUUAACUAUAGAAGAGAAAUUCUUACACUGAAAGAUGGCGGUGAGGUCGCCUUGGAUUGGAUGGAAGAAAACUGUGGUGAUGAUGCGCCCUGCAUUAUUAUUCUGCCCGGUUUGACAGGAGAAUCGCAAGCAGAGUACAUAAAAUGCCUUGUCAUAGCCGCAAAUAAUGUGGGUAUGCGUGUAGUUGUGUUCAACAACCGUGGUUUGGGUGGCAUAGAACUCAAAACACCACGUCUUUAUUGUGCCUCGAACUGUGAAGAUCUGUCUGAAGUUGUGCGCCAUGUAAGAAAAACCAUACCGGCGCAUUGUAAAUUGGGUGCAACCGGUAUUUCGAUGGGUGGCUUGAUUUUAGGAAAUUACCUCGUACGUAAAAGUGAGGAGUCACGCAAGUGUCUGUCGGCUGCCAAAAUCAUUUCAGCGCCUUGGGAUGUCCAUAAAGGAACUGCUAAUAUAGAAAAACCGAUAUUGAAUAAUUUAUUGGGUCGUCAUUUGGCUAGCAGUCUUUGCCGCACACUCGAUAAUUGUAAAAUUUACAAGGAUCAGGACAUCGAUUUGGAUCGCAUUAUGUCGUGUAAAACAAUAAAGGAAUUCGAUGCAUUAUUCACCUCAAAGCAGUUUGGUUAUGCACAUGUCGAUGACUAUUACAGCGAUGCAACUCUACACAAUAAAUUGCAUUAUAUAUCAGUACCUUUACUGUGCUUGAGUGCUGCUGAUGAUCCAUUCCAACCAUUGGACGCCAUUCCUAUUAAAGCCGCCGAAGAGUGUACUCAUGUAGCAAUCGUUGUGACUGCACGCGGUGGGCAUAUCGGUUUCCUAGAAGGUUGGUGGCCCUCACCAAAAGAGCAGUAUAUGGGCCGACUUUUCUCCGAAUUCUUUACAAAAGCACUAUUCGAUGAAGAUGGCCAUUUCGAACGUACACGGGAUGAAUUACACCAACGUUUUGAUGCCAAAAAUAUUGCGCCUCUACAAGCACCAACACCACUGGCAAUUUCCAAAGCUACCACAACGUUACUGAGCGCAGAAGAGUUUGUAGAAAAAUUCAUGGAGAUGUAGUUAGAGCAUAGACUGUUUAGAACGGAGUUCGACAGCGCCACAAAGGUAACGAAAAAAGUGAUGGACCUUAGUAAUCACGGUUUGGACAAGUGAUGAGGCGUGGCAAGCGAGUUGCGCUUGCCUGGAUGAUAAAGUGCAAUUAAAAAAAUGUGAUUAGAAAAAAAAGGAACAUAUUCUAAAAUUACAUAUCAGUGGAAUUUUGACAAAACUGUAAUAUUUAUUUGACGCUAGUGGUUUUUAAUUCACGAUAAGUAAAUCCUGAUAGAUCAUAGAAAAGUUAAAUACUUCAAUUCAACUAUUAUUGAUAUAAACUCUUUAAAUGAUUAUCAUUUUAAAUAUUGUAUUAAAACCCAGUGAUUUAAAAAUAAACAAGUAAGAAUGCAAAUUCGCUUUAAGUUAUUUUGUCAAAAAUCCACAGAUAUAUGCAAGUAUGUAUGUAAGUAUGUGUAGGUAACAAAACAAAACGUGUUAUUAGUUUAGUGAAAUUAUGCUGUAACAAAUUAAUGAUAAAAAUGUAUUUAUAUUUUUCUUAUUAGAUAAAUUAUUAGUAGAAAAUACUAUACAAAAAUAUAAUUUAUAACAAAAGAAAUUCUAAAUAGCAGCUUUAAAGUGAAAGUAGUUAUAGAUAAAUGACUGCAAACAAAAUUGUGAAUUGAAAUCGGUAGUAAGCUUAGUUUAGUAAAGGAAAAAUCGAUUGCCUUGAAGCAUAUGCACAUGUACCUAAUUCGUCGUAAGAGAGUUGAAAUGAAAUUUGUUAAACUAAAAUAUUUCUAGCA